UCAUUUGAAGACUAUUUUUUAAUUUAUAACUUUUCUGUUUAACAAAAUAUAAUUAAAGUGUAUCUCUCUUCACUCUUUCAGAAUAAUUCCUGAUCUUUCCCUCACUGGGAAUUACACAGCCAGAAUUAAACACUACAGGGAGUCUUUGAUUUUAAUGCAGCAUUUAUAUGCUGGUUCUUAAAUUUGUUCCAGUGAGAUGAAUGGUACUACCUUUGGCUGCAUUCUGCCAAUGUUUGCGGUUAUGCAUGGAGUGAGAUAACUUUUAUUUAAUUUUUGCUUUUAGUUAUGGCAAGAAGAAAAGAAGGCCAUUUUUCAAUGCCAGUAUCCAACAAAAGAGCUAGGCAAGAAUUCAUAGAAAGCUCUGAUGAAAGCCUUAGUGAAGAAUCCUCACAGCUGCAGAGUGACUGUAGUUCUGACUUACAAUUGGUCUCAGGGGAAGUUGGAAUAAUUGAAAGUAUCCAACUGAAGAACUUUAUGUGCCAUUCUAUGUUGGGACCUUUCAAGUUUGGACCCAAUGUCAAUUUUAUAGUUGGAAACAAUGGAAGUGGGAAAAGUGCUGUGCUAACUGCCCUGAUUGUAGGCCUUGGAGGAAAAGCCACAGUGACAAACCGAGGAUCAUCUUCGAAAGUAUUUGUGAAAGAUGGACAGAGUUCUGCAGAUGUUUCAGUAACUCUACGAAAUCAAGGUGAAGAUGCAUUUAAACCAGAGCAAUAUGGUAACUCUAUUACUAUAAAUCAGCACAUAACCUUGGAAGGACAUCGUAGUUAUAAGUUGAAAAGCAGUGCAGGGGUCCUCAUUUCUUCCAAGAAAGAAGAACUUACUGCAAUCCUGGAUCACUUUAAUAUCCAGGUAGAUAAUCCUGUCUCUGUACUCACCCAGGAAAUGAGCAAACAGUUCUUACAAUCUAAAAAUGAAGAUGACAAAUACAAGUUCUUUAUGAAAGCAACACAACUGGAACAGAUGAAGGAAGAUUAUUCAUACAUCAUGGACACUAAACAAAGAACACAUGAUCAAGUUGAACAAGGAGGAGAGUUUCUUGAAGAACUUAGAAAGCAAUAUCUGGAAAAGGAGGAACGUUACAGAAGUAUUGCUGCUUUGAGUGAAAUGCAGAAUGAACUAAAAGAAUUGCAGCAUCAAAUAGCUUGGACAAUGGUACGAAAUACUGAAAAAAAAAUAGAAGAAUUCAGAGUUGAUGUUGUUACCCAAGAAGCAAGAACUGAGAAAUUUGUUGAGCGAGUGAAAGAAUGGCAGACUAAAGUAGACGCAGCAGAGGUUAAACACAGAGCUAUGCAAGACAAGCUAGAGAAGAUAACAGAAGAAGCUCGGACUCUGGAACCGUCAUGUAUUGCUUUAAAAACAGAAGUACAGGCAAAAAGAAAAGCAUACAAUGAUGCAGAGGCAGCACAUAAUAGGUCUCAAGCUGAACUGAAGCGUUUGCUAAAAGAUCAUGAACAACUUUGCAAAAAGGUUGAAGAACUAAAAAAUAGUGCUGAACAGAUUUCAGAGCCUGAAAAGGUGGAAAAACAGAAAAGAAUAGACUGUUUGAAAGAAAAGCUGAAGACAUUACAUGAUCAAGAUGAAUCAGUUGGUCAGCAGAUAACACAGUUUCAACAGGCUCUACAUUCAUAUGAUGAAGAUCGUGCUAGACUUAGAAACGAAGAAAGUGAAGUGAAAACAAUACUGGAUUCUCAACAGCAACAGCUAAGACAAUUAAAGGAGAGUAAAACCAAUAGUAUGAAAAGAUUUGGACAAUAUAUGCCAGACCUUUGUGAAGCAAUUGAAAUGGCUGACGCGCAGAGGCAGUUUAUGUAUAAACCAGUAGGACCACUAGGUGCUUUUAUUCAUCUGAAAGAUCCUGAACUUUCACUGGCUGUUGAAGCAUGUUUAAAAACCCUGGUUCUUGCAUUUUGCUGUGACAAUUAUAAAGAUGAAAGGGUAUUGCAGGCUUUGAUGUCUAAACACUGUCAAGCUGGUUUUCGACCUCCAAUUAUUGUUAGUCGUUUUCAGAACAAUGUUUAUGACGUAAGGUCAAGGGCUGUUUUUCAUCCUAACUUCCCAACAGUUUUGAAAGCAUUAGACAUUGACAAUGCAGUAGUAGCCAAUUGUUUAAUCGACAUGAGGAGCAUAGAAACCGUCCUGCUGAUUAAAAGUAAUUAUGAAGCUCGAAGAGUUAUGCAGCACAACAAGCCUCCUAAAAAUUGUAAGGAAGCUUUCACUGCUGAUGGUGAUCAGGUGUUUGAGGAAAGAUACUACUCUAAUGAAAAUAAAGGGCCUAGAUUUCUCAGCAGAGAUGUAGAAGCAGACAUAAGUAAUUUGGAGAGAGAAGCUGGAAACAGAAAAACUCAUCUCUUGGCAAUACAACAACGAAUACAUUCUAUUGAAAUUGAUAUAAAAAAGAACAGCCAGUUUCUUAUUGAUCAUCAGCAGCACAAAAAAAAAUUACAGAUAGAAAUGAGAAAAACGAACUUAGAAAUUACUGACCUUGAAAAUGUAGAAGAACAUCAAUCAGUGGUCAUCCUUACAUUAGAAGAAGAAAUUCAUGAUAACCAACAGAAGAUAGAAACUGUUAAGGAACGUAUAGUUAAGCAGAAGGCAAAAAUGGAGGAACUGAAAUGUAUUUUACAAGAGGAAGAACAGAAAUGUGCAGCCACUAAAGACAAAAUUAAUCAAGUACAAGAAGAAGCAGCUACAAUCAAGAAUGGAUUACUUCAGGCGGAUGAUGAACUAGAGAAAAGUAAAAGCAAUCUGAAACAUUAUGAAGAAAAAGAAAAACUCCAUUUGGAAUCCAUAAAAACACUUAAGUGUAAUCUAGCUACAAAAGAGAGAGAAUUAGAGGAAAUGAUUGCAAAGGCUUCAAAGAUCCAUCCAGAGCGAAUAGAAGUAAAUAGGACUUAUAAAAGUCUUGAAACAGAAAUGAAUCGCUUGAGAGAAAAAAUAAGUUCAGAAAGAGAACGUACUGGAGAUAGAGAAGAAAUAAUAAGGCAGCUUCAGGAAGCAAAAGAAAAAUAUCAGAGUGCAGAAAGCAAAAGAAAAAACUUGGAGAAAUUCAUAGAACGAUUGGAUGAUAUGAUGGUUCAGAGAUAUAAAAGAUAUCGGAAGUUUAGAAGGUCUCUUAGUGUGCGAUGCAAAUGCUACUUCAAUUCUUUGCUAAAUCAACGGUCGUAUUCUGGAAAAAUAGAGUUUGACCACAAGAAUGAAAGGCUUUCAAUUACUGUGCAGCCUGGAGAUGGAAACAAGGCUGCUCUUGAUGACAUGAAAUCUUUAUCUGGAGGUGAACGUUCCUUCUCCACAGUUUGCUUCAUCCUCUCUCUAUGGUCCGUUACUGAAUCUCCUUUCAGAUGCUUGGAUGAAUUUGAUGUAUUUAUGGACAUGGUUAACAGGAGAAUUGCAAUGGACAUGAUGCUUAAGAUGGCAGACUCCCAUCGUUAUCGGCAGUUUAUUUUACUCACUCCUCAGAACAUGAGUUCUUUGCCUACAAGCUGUCUUAUCCGAAUCCUUCGAAUGCAAGACCCUGAGAGGGGACAAAGGACGCUGAAUUUUAAUCGUAGAAAUGAAGAUGAUGAAGAUAGAGAAUGAGUGCCGUAGUUACGUCUCAACUGUUGUUACUAACUUGCUUCAUAGUAUAUGAAGACACAUACACAGACUGCGUUCACUGCUGGUAAAAUCAGUGAACUGUGAGCCUUUAUUGUUCUUCAGGCUUACUUGUGGCCCUUUCCCUCCUAACAACAGGUCUUUAAUGGUAAACAAUAUGUUUGAAUUUUAUGCUCAGAUUUUAUAAAGCUUUUAGUGCUAGAAUUAUAGCAGUCAGUAUGCUUUUUCUUGUACUUUGUUCCUAUGAAUUGCAUUUACUGUAUAGUUCUUGCCAGAGUUUGCUAUUAAUAAUAUAUUUAGUGAAUGUGAGAAAUGUUUUUUAUUUUUAUUGUUCCCCAAAUAGAGGUAAAUAUAGAUUACAGAAGACAAAUAAAUUUUAUCUGUUUGAUGCUUAUCUCAUAGUUAUCUGUUUUUACAAUAUUUUUGAAUGUUAUAAUAGCAGUUGAAAAACUAAACCCUUAUCAAUAAUUCCUCUAAUAACA